GAAGCAUCUGCUUAUGCUACCUUAUGCAGUAGUUAUUAGAUAAAGCUCUUAUCCCUCUACUAUCGCCCCUAACUCCGCAUGCAUUAACCAAGUGGCGAAGCAAAAAUAUCACUCGGCUCUAUUAAACUUGAGCCUUCUGUCCCUUGUGUACUGGGGGUUCCUGAUUCAGGGCGUCAACGUAUUUCCAUUACAUGAGCUAGACAAAAGAUGAUGGCUGCACCAUCACGCUCCUCUCACACCAGACAGUCCGCAUGGAGAAAGUAGCGCUAAUACAAGGAUUUGGGGCUCAAUACUGCAAAGUGGCUUAGCCUAACAAUGGUCUAGAUUAUGUUGGUCUAAUCAGAAGCCUCUCUGGGGUUGGAUUAUGUAGUAAGCCUAUUAAGAGCCAAACCAACAAUUACGACAGUAUCUAAUAUUGCACAAAGUUGGUCUCCGUAUACGAGAUGCAUGCACGACCUCAUCUAAUAUUGCACAAGUUGGUCUCUGUAUACGAGAUGCAUGCCACGACCUCAGUAAAUGACCGGGAUUAUAAGUUAUGGCAAAGCUUCGCCUUUUAUCCACUUCUAAGCCCACUCCCCGCUACUCUAACAACACAACCUAUUACAACGCACUUCUACUCAGUAUACACUCUUGAUUCUUGAACUUGCCUCUGUUUUCUGCCUUCUUGCCAAAACAGCCCCAAAAUAUACCCUUGUCGAAAGUGCAGCUUCAAUUUUCAUCCUUCCAACAUAGCAAUCUCUCAGCUGGCCGUCAGUGCCAUUUAUCCGUGAUGUAUUUAAGAUUGGUGGCCUCCCGUUAUGUGCCUAGAAAGAACUCCGGCUGGAAAAGCUUACACAUGAGACGAAAACAACAAUUAUACAACGUUUUUGCCCAUAAUGGGCUCCAUUAUUCAGAAGCUAUUGCUUUUAACAGCUAUUGCUACACAUGCCUAUGGCUCCUCAAAAGGGCUUAAAGAAAUAACGGGGGUGAAGUUCCAUCAACCGUCUGCGGCAGAGAUGCAGCGUGCCCACGAGGCCUUCUCUUCUCAGAGCUUCCAAAACAAGACGGCAUACGAGAUUACUGCAGAACUCCAACAGGCGAAGGCUCUAGUUGCCACGGCACAUACUUCCCAGGCAGCGUAUAACAAGUGGAACAUGGAGAACCCCAGCUUCAACAACUAUCACCACAAGGGAACGGGGAAUACUGCCGAACGCCGGGAUACUAAGUCUCCCCCUACCUUCUCACGGGAGACCUUAGAUGCCAUUAAGCUUGUCGGCACUGUAGAUGCACAGAAUAUGCUCAAGAACGGAACCUUGCCGAACUACAAUAAUGCAACGUUCUGGGCCCACAAGCCAGAUUCAGACACCAACUUCCGGGGCCCCAAAAAUGUUAAGAGGGCCAAUGAUGACUCAUGGCUAUCUCAGAUGCAGCAUGGAUCUCAGCCUUUUGGUGGCGACUCAAGUUAUGUGGUCUGGCGUAACGUCAUGGACUACGGCGCAGUUGGGGAUGGCGUGGCGGAUGAUACCGCUGCCAUUAACAAAGCUAUGUCUGAUGGAAACCGUUGUGGCGCAAACUGCGCUGGGUCGACAGUAAAGGGCGCAGUCAUUUAUUUUCCGUUUGGAACUUAUCGAGUGAGCAGUAGUAUAGUCUCCUACUAUAACACCCAAAUUGUUGGUGAGAUAAACUCUGAUGGCAAUUCUCCCGUCAUCGAAGCUGCGACUACAUUCACUGGCAACGGGGUUAUUAGCAGUGACGUCUAUCUGGCUGAUGGAACGACAGAGUGGUACAUUAAUACGGCCAACUUCUAUCGUCAAAUUCGGAAUUUAGAUAUAAAUCUUCGGUUUGCAACAAUGCAAAAUAUCAAGGGUAUUCACUGGCAAGUCGGUCAAGCCACAAGUAUUGAAAAUGUUAGAAUCUACAUGACGGAUAAGUCGUCGUCAACCCAAGUUGGCAUUUUUGCGGAAAACGGCAGUGGCGGCUGGUUUAGCGCCAUCUCCAUGAUAGGGGGGCUGUACGGGUUUCUUGGAGGUAACCAGCAGUACUCAGUUGGCGACAUUAAUAUUGUCGGCGCUAAGAAUUGUAUUGGUAUCAUCUGGGAUUGGGCUUGGUCCUGGUCCCGCCUAGUCCUCGAAGACUGCGACGUCGGCAUAAACUUAACUCCGCCGGGCUCUAAUUCAGCCUCCCCAGUUGGCUCCGUUAUGAUUGUUGACAGCGCAUUCGUUAAAUGCCCUGUCGCUAUCCUGACGUACAGCUUUGCUGGGAGUACAGGAGAACAAGGGACCACGGUGCUCACUCUAAACAAUGUUCACUUUGUUGGAGACACAAACUUUAUUGUUUUCCCGGAUGGCACUGGCCUUGUGCAAAAUGUUUCGAAUUCGGUCAUUCAAUUUUGGCAGAUAGGAGAUCUAGAAGCAGAUGGUGCCACGCAUGACGGGCUGUUUUUUGUUAAUAUACCUAGACCAGAAGUUCUCACUGUUACGGAUGCCUUUUCUUCACCACAACAAGGCUCGUUCUAUCGCCGAUUUAAGCCGACGUACCAAGGAAUAUCUGCUUCAUCUAUUCUUAAUGCGAGGGCGUUAGCAAAGGGUGAUGGUGUUACAGAUGAUACAGCUGCUCUUCAAACUAUGCUGUUUUACUGCGCGAAGAACAACUGUAUCUUAUACGUUCCUGCUGGGUCGUACAUGAUUUCUGCCCCUAUAUUAAUCCCUAACAACUCCGUCAUCGUUGGUGAAUCAUGGUCGCAGUUUGUUGCCUAUGGCCAGAACUUUGCAGAUGAGUUCAACCCGCAACCGAUGAUUACAGUCGGGCAAGGCGAAUCUGGAAUGGUCGAGAUGCAGAAUCUAUUAUUUACAUCCCAAGGAGCUCUGCCUGGCUUGGUUCUUGUCCAGUGGAAUAUUAAAGCCGCAACUCAAGGCUCUGUAGGGCUGUGGGACUGCCACUUCCGAAUCGGUGGUGCCAAAGGCACUAACCUGCAGAGUGCGCAAUGCCCAAAGCUCACCGGCAGCAUCGAUCCCAAUUGCAUUGCGGGUUCAAUCAUGCUCUUAAUGACACAAGAUUCUAACGGCUAUUUCGAGAAUAUGUGGGCUUGGGUUGCAGAUCAUGACAUUGAUAAUCCUGCUUCCGACUUGUCAAACCAGAUAAACGUCUACUUCGGCCGGGGUAUGCUGAUCCAAAGCCAAGGGCCAUCAUGGUUCCGUGGCACUGCUUCAGAGCACAGUGUAAUGUAUCAGUAUAAUGCUAUUAAUGCAAGCAACAUUUAUAUGAGUAUAAUUCAGACCGAGUCGCCAUAUUAUCAAGGAGCUGCGUACACUCAGGCUCCUGCUCCUUUUAGUCCAUUAUGGAAUGGAGAUCCAUUAUUCAACACAUGUGGCUCUGACACGAUAACAUGCAACGUCGCUUGGGCUAUUAUCAUUCAGUGGUCUGAGAAUGUCUUCAUUGACGGCGCAGGCCUCUACUCGUGGUUUCAGAGCUACAACCAAGACUGCGUUGACUCAAACACCUGCCAGCAGAGACUUGUCAACAUCUACAACGUCGGCGGGCUACUUUUUAAUCAUCUAGUCACUAUUGGGUCUGUCGAGGUCCUAACUCCAGCUAUAAGUAAUCACUGGAACGGCAUUAAGUACGCCGCCGACCAUCUGCAAGCGACGGUGUACCCGUGGUGGACAGCAAUUGCCACUUACCUAGAGAGCAGCGAAAGUGUCGACCUAACGGUUGAUCCAUACCCCAUUACUGAAGGCUGGGUCUCUUUCGGAGACUCGUAUGCUGCAGGCAUUGGUGCCGGAAAGCCUUAUGAUAAGAUUAAAAACUGCGCUCGGGGGUCAGGAGGAUAUCCGCCUAUUCUCGAUAACAUUAUUCAGUUUGGCCACAACGUCGAGACUGUCUUUCAACCUCUUUCCUGCUCAGGAGAAACCGCGCGGCAGUUUAUCGAUGGCACGGCCACGAAGCAACUCUCUCAGUGGCGUCCUAGCUCGUCUGAUAUCGGGACAUGUUCCUUUACUGGAAAUGACCUUGGCUUCGGGAACAUUGUAUCGCACUGCAUCAUGGGCUAUAAGAGUAGAGACGAGUGCCAGAGCGAUAUUACCAAAGCGAAGAGCCUUCUCGAUGCCAACAGCCUUAUUGGAGAACUGGUGAACGACGUCAUGGAAAUGAUUGUGGCCAAGGCUAAACAAUACAAACCGCGCUUCGUCGUCUAUUGGACUGGAUACCCGAAGUUUUUUACAAGUGUUGAUGGCACUUGUGAUACUUGCUGGUUUCAUGAGUACUGGUAUGCAGGGGAAUACCUCACACAAAAACUCCGCAACCAACUCAAUCAGCUAUCGGUAGAUGUUAAUAACCAGAUCGAAUUCGCAAUUAAUAAGUAUAAUGCGCUUCUCCCAUAUCCAAAGGUUGUAUUUGUCUCGCCUGACAAGCUAAAAUUAUAUGAUGGGAAACGAUUCUGCGAGAAGUCAGUUAGCGAGCCGCUGAAGGGGUCGGCACAGAAUGCAGUUGCCUUCUUUUAUGAGAAGGGUCCUGAUAAUGUGCCAGCAUACCCAUUCGCUCUUCCGAAGCCAAUAGAGGACGAUGCGCCCUCCGAUUGGGCGCUGUCGACGUAUAACAGCGCCACUUGUAGUGAUAGCAUUGAGGCAUCGGAUGGAAACUGGGCGUCAGAGAUGCUUUGUGACAUGGCUAUUGGGAUCUCGAAUGGGUCUAUUACAUCACAGGACUUCCUUGACAACGAGGGUGCUGGAGCAACGAUUACUGCCAAUUCUGAUGGAACGAUAACAAUUACUGAUUUGGAUGUGAACUAUCUCAAGAUGUUUCAUCCGAAGACUGAGGCAAACUGGCACAUCGCACAGGCAGUGACUGAUGCGCUGAUAAAGAAUUAGAACGACCGAGGAGAAGUAGAACCACUAAGCAAGAUUGCAUUAAGGAGGUGGCCGAUUAAAAUAUGGUCGUACGAAUUAGCAAUGAUUAUCUACAGCUUUUUCGAGCGACUUGUAUCAUCA